GUGGCGUGCGGACGGAGGAAAGGUUUCGGGACCCAGAAGCUCUGCAGCGCGCGCAUUCCUUAUGCAAUACACGCAGCCUGCUUUCUAUUUCUUGAUCAUCGUACCCAUCGUAGUCACGAGUCGGAUUUCUGGCGUAUGGAGGAAUGCGUCUCGAAGCGUCCCACCCAGUGGCAAGCGAGAAAUUGAUCAACCAAAGAUAGAUUUCUGAUUCUUCUUUCUUCCACCUUUACCGAGCAUCAUGGAAUUUGUUAAUGCUUUUGUGGACUGUGAGUGGGUGUUAGUUCCUUUUAGUUGACUCUGCUCUGGUGGCUUUAACUUACAAAUAUGUGCACCAGUCAUCUAUGCAUUUCAUUGCUUGGAGCACCUACUGUUACAAUAACCAGAAGAAACUCUGAAAAACCUAUUUUCUCCAAAAGAAAUAAAAAGGCGAAGGCUCCCUUUAUUUACCUAUUUUUAGGCCAGAAUAAACAGUCACAUACAGAUCCCAGCUUUUCACUUGUUAAUGGAAAACGUGUUAAUUUUCCAUUAAGAAAUUCUUGUACCAGAAGUCUGUUUCGAGUUAGCUGCAUUAAGGAGCAGUUCCGAAGGAAAUUUUUUCUAGCUAGAACUCUUGUACCUUUAUUCAAGGAUGGCUUACAACUUGUUAGGCUCUCUAUGUUUCUCGCAGCGAUGUUUGCUGUUGGAAUUUUUAUAUGGUAUGGUCAGAAAAAGGCCAGGAGCUUUAUUGAGGUUCAGCUUCUUCCUUCUGUUAGCUCCGUUCUAAGUGGAUACCUUCAAAGAGAAAUUGAAUUUGGCAAGGUUCUGAGCGUUUCACCAUUAGGAUUCACUGUAGAAACAAGCUCCAUUGGACCUCAUCAGGAAGAAUUUUCUUGUGGCGAGGCAUCCACCAUGAAAAUUCGUGUCUGCCCGUUUGCUAGCUUGAGAAAGGGAAGGAUCGUCAUUAAUACUUUUCUAUCACAUCCUAAUAUCCUUGUAUCACAGAAGGAGGAUUUUUCCUUUUUGGGUAUUCCUUCACCUUCUGAGAGUGGUUUGCAUCGGCGUCGUUCAUCUGAAGAAGGGAUGGAUUAUCGCACUAAAACGAGACGGCUUGCGAGAGCGGAAUCCAUUUCACGUCGGAGCAAAGAACGGGUCAAAGCGGCAAAGGAGGCUGCAGAGAAGGGUUACAUUGUUCCUCAAAGAAGUUCAGAUUGCUUGAUUAAUGGUAAGUCAGAGGAUGAUUCCUCACAUUCUCGUCUUCCAGUCUUAUCUGGUUUGUUUAAUUGCAUGGAUGACAAUAUAUAUUGCAAGGAUAAUCAUAGCCGAAGUGUUUGGGCUGAGUAUGAUUCGAAGCAUGCUGAUCUGGAGAAAUCUUUUGGUGUGAGAAGUACCAGGCAUGGAGAGAAAUUCUGGUCCAAAACUAUGCUGGAUUUUAUGAGGCAUAGGUUGACAGGAAUUACCUGGAAGAGAGUUUCACCUGUACCUGGCAUAACUGUGAAGCAAAGAAACCUCCAACGUAGUGCCGCAGCAGCUCGUGCAUAUUUACAUGGCCUAUCUCAUGGGAAGAGUGACGAGCCAUGUACCAAGCAAAGAGUGGAUUCUUCUCAUGGAGGUUGUGAAGGUGCUGAAAGUAGCAGAAAUCAACUAAUGAAUGAAACGGCUGAUAAUGCCAUCGCUAGUAAAUUAAGUGUGCCUGAUAACCAUUGUUCUGAAGAUCAUUCCAGGUGUUCAUCGGUAAAUAAUGAGGAGAAGAAGACAGGUGCACCUCCUGAUAUGGAUUUUGGUGGGCUUGAGAGACCAAGUAAUAUUAACAUCCAUAGAGAUGAAGAUGUCAAAAUUGAUAAUCCCAAAAAUGGAAAUUGCAGUGCUAGGGAAUCCGAUGACUAUAAAUCUAUAUCCCGACCAUUUACUUUGUUCAAUGACAAUAUUUUGUCCUGUGAGAAUUUUUUGUCAGAACCUGCUCAGAAUAUUCCGAAAGAUGCAAGAUACUGUGACAAUGGAAGCUUCCAUCAUGGAAAGUUCAGAACAUUUAUUUUGCCGCGCUGCAUCAUUCCAGGCUUGCCAGUAAACCUAAUAUUUAACCUGUUUAGGUUUAUAUUACCUGAAAACCAAACUUUUUUUAAUUGGUUCAAUUCUCAUGUUCUGAAACUUGAGUCAUACUCUCCUAUAAAAACUGAGGACAUUGCUGCUGAACUGACUGAAGAGAUAGACCAAAGUCGUGCAAAGAGUAUUGAGAAAGUUCUUCCAGUUAUUGUAGAUUCUGUAUAUUUCAAAGGGGGCACUCUCAUGCUACUUGGUUAUGGCGACAGGGAGCCUAGGGAAAUGGUGAAUUGUAAUGGGUACGUAAAGUUCCAAAACCACUACAGGCGUGUACAUGUACAACUGAGUGGGGACUGCAGAGGAUGGAGAACUGACAACAGCGAUGGAGGGCAGCUCACAACACUUGUUUUUGUCGAUACAACUGAGCAGAAAUGGCAUGCCAAUUUGAAGAUUUCCAACCUUUUUGCUCCUUUAUUUGAGAGGAUUUUUGAUAUUCCAAUCAUAUGGUAUCAAGGAAGAGCUACAGGAGAGGUUCACCUUUGCAUGUCAAAAGGAGAUAUUUUUCCUAAUAUUCAUGGACAACUUGACGUGACUGGUAUAUCUUUCCAGAUAUAUGACGCUCCUUCUAUUUUCUCGGAAAUAGGUGCAACUUUGUGCUUCCGUGGCCAAAGGGUAUUUUUGCACAAUGCAGGAGGCUAUUUUGGAGAUGCUUCCAUUGAAGCCUCUGGUGAUUUCGGCUUAAAUCCCGAAUUUGGGGAAUUUCAUUUGAUGUGUCAGGUCCCUUGCGUCGAGGUGAAUGCUCUUAUGAAGACUUUAAAAAUGAGGCCGUUGAUGUUUCCUUUGGCUGGCUCGGUAUCUGCCAUAUUUAAUUGUCAAGGUCCUUUGGAUGCUCCUUUGUUUGUCGGAAGUGGAAUUGUAUCUAGAAAAGCUUCUUAUUUGGUGUCUACUCCGCACCCAUCCUCUGCAUUGGAAGCCAUGACUAAAAAUAAAGAGGCCGGUGCAGUGGCUGCAGUUGACCAUAUUCCAUUUUCACACAUAUCGGCUAAUUUUACUUUCAACCUUGAUAACAGUGUUGUUGAUUUUUAUGGUAUAAAGGCUACUCUUCUUGAUGGUGGAGAAAUUCGUGGUGCUGGUAUUGCUUGGAUUUGCCCCGAGGGGGAGUUGGAUGAUACUGCAAUGGAUUUCAACUUUUCUGGAAAAUUUUUGUUUGACAAAGUAUUACAGCGAUAUUUGGCGCAAGAUGUUCGAUUAUUGUCUUUCAAAAUUGGGGAGGUCAACGGGGAGACCAAGUUGUCUGGGUCCAUUUUGAAACCGAAAUUUGAUAUAAAGUGGGUUGCACCUGAAGCUGAAGAUUCAUUCGCUGAUGCAUGCGGAGAAAUUUUAAUUUCUCAUGAGUUUAUCACUGUCAUCUCAUCGGCUGUUUCCUUUGACUUAAAUGCUAAAAUUCAAACUCGUUAUCUUGAUAAAGAAAAUUUUGACCUUCGGCGAACUAUGGCCGCUCUUAUUAUGGAGGCAAUAGAUCUGGAUUUACGCAUGCGUGGAUUUGAGUUAGUUAGUUUUAUUUCAACUCCUUUUGAUGCACCGAGACCGCUUCAUUUCAGAGCUACUGGAAAGCUCAAAUUUCAAGGAAAAGUCGUGAGGCCAUCCCUUCCAUUGGUUGACAGCGACAAACCGAGGCUUUUUGGAGAGAUUUCCCUGUCUGGAAUCAAGAUUAACCAACUUAUGUUGGCACCUCAGUUGGCUGGCUCUCUCUCUGUAUCACAUGAUGCUAUAAAGUUGGAUGCAAUGGGUAGAGCCGAUGAGAAUUUGUCAGUGGAGGUCAUUGGACCAUUAAGUCAGCGAACUAAUGACACCUCAUAUAGCAAUAAAUCAUUAUCUAUUUCCCUUCAAAAAGGACAACUAAAAGCUAAUAUUUGUUACCAACCUCAACAUUCUGCUAAUUUGGAGAUAAAAAACUUACCGCUUGAUGAAUUGGAGCUUGCAUCUCUUCGCGGAUCUAUCCAGAGGGCUGAGAUCCAGCUUAAUUUUCAGAAAAGGAGAGGUCAUGGAAUAUUAUCAGUGCUUCGUCCAAAAUUUAGUGGUAUGCUUGGAGAAGCUCUUGACGUCGCUGCCCGAUGGAGCGGAGAUGUUAUUACCGUUGAAAAAACUAUUCUGCAACAAAGUAGCAGCAGAUAUGAACUUCAGGGAGAAUAUGUCUUGCCUGGAACACGUGAUCGGUUUACUAAUGAAAAAAAAGGUGCCGCGUUACUUAAAAGAGCUAUGGCUGGCCAUCUUGGGAGUGUGAUUUCUUCAAUGGGGAGAUGGCGAAUGAGACUCGAAGUUCCGGGUGCCGAAGUUUCUGAAAUGCUUCCUCUUGCGAGGCUCCUUUCACGAAGUACAGACCCUGCUGUUCAGUCUAGAUCAAAGGAGUUUUUUAUGCAGUGUCUUCAGUCUGAUGGAUUUCAUGCUGAAGGCCUUCGUGAUCUGCUUGAGGAAAUACAAAACCAUUAUAAAUGGUCAGAGGAUAAUAUCCUAGAAGAAGUUACACUCCCAGGACUAGCUGAAUUUAAGGGUCAUUGGCGUGGUUCUCUUGAUGCCAGUGGAGGUGGCAAUGGUGAUACAAUGGCAGACUUCGACUUUAAUGGCGAAGAUUGGGAGUGGGGAACUUACAAAACUCAGCGUGUUAUAGCUUCUGGUGCUUACAGCAAUAAUAAUGGUUUGCGUCUUGAAAAAUUGUUCAUCCAAAAAGAGAAUGCAACUCUUCAUGCAGAUGGGUCCUUGUUGGGACCAGUGUCAAAUCUUCAUUUCGCUGUUCUUAAUUUUCCCGUCAGUUUAGUCCCAACUUUGGUUCAAAUUAUCGAAUCCUCAACUGCUGAUGCAGUACAUUCUUUGCGCCAAGUAUUGUUACCCAUCAAAGGUAUCUUGCACAUGGAAGGAGACCUUCGAGGAAACCUGGUGAAGCCCAAGUGUGAUGUUCAAAUAAGGCUCCUAGAUGGCGCUAUAGGAGGGAUCGAUCUUGGACGAGCUGACAUAGUUGCUUCAGUAACAGAAAAUAGUCGAUUCUUAUUUAAUGCACAUUUCGAACCCGUGAUUCAAACCGGACAUGUUCAUGUUCAAGGUAGCAUUCCUGUGACUUACAGUCAGGAUGAUUCAGCAGAUGCAGAAGAAAAUGAAGGAGAUAUUUCAGUUGGUUCUUUGAGGAAUCCUAUUUGGCUAAAAGAAAAUGGAAGAGGUUCCUCAGAUGAAACUGCAGAGAAGAAAGGUAGCAGAGAAAAACAUGAAGAGGGUUGGAAUAUUCAGUUAGCAGAAAGCCUCAAAGGUUUGAACUGGAAUAUGCUAGACGUUGGGGAGGUGAGAAUAAAUGCAAAUAUUAAGGAUGGUGGAAUGUUACUGUUAACAGCCUUGUCUCCAUACGCCAACUGGCUCCAUGGUUUUGCUGAUAUUGACCUUCAGGUUACAGGCACCGUUGAACAACCUAUCGUGGAUGGAUAUGCGUCGUUUCACAGAGCAACUGUUUCUUCACCGGCAUUAUGGAAGCCACUAACUAAUUUUGGAGGUACUGUUCAUAUUAUAUCAAACAGGGUAUGCAUCAGUUCUGUGGAAAGCAGGGUGGGCAGGAAAGGAAAGCUUUUGCUCAAAGGGAAUCUGCCUCUAAUGCCAAGCGAAUCAUUUGUUACAGAUAAAAUUGAGCUGAAAUGUGAUUUCUUAGAAGUGCGCAUGAAAAAUUUUUUCAGUGGCCAAGUCGACAGCCAAAUCCAAAUUAUGGGUUCUAUUUUGCGACCAAAUAUCUCUGGAGUUCUUAAGUUGAGCCAUGGAGAAGCAUAUUUAGCUCACGACAAGGGGAACGGAGAGGUUGCUGACAGUUUGGCUUCAAAAAGAACUUCCUUCCCUGCUGCUGGUUACAGCCGUGCUACUGCUUCAGGCCAUAUAUCAAGAUUUUUUGGUUCUUUGUCUGGUUCCUUACAUAGCAUUUGGCCGGAGCCUGCAGGCAAACAUUCCAACAUUGAGAAACUAGAGGUGAAUAAUGCUAAUCCCGGCAUUGAUGCAAGGCUUACUGAUCUGAAGUUAGUCCUUGGACCAGAAUUAAGAAUAGUCUACCCCUUAAUCCUGAACUUUGCUGUCAGUGGAGAACUUGAGCUUAAUGGAAUAGCUUGUCCGCAGUAUGUUAAACCUAAAGGGGUCUUGAUGUUCGAAAAUGGAGACGUUAAUUUAGUUGCUACUCAGGUUCGGCUUAAACGUGAUCAUUUGAACAUUGCCAAAUUUGAACCUGAUCUUGGCCUGGAUCCUAUUUUAGAUUUAAUAUUGGUGGGAUCCGAAUAUCAAUUCAGGAUCCAAAGUCGAGCCAGUUCCUGGCAGGAUAAUUUACUUAUUAUAUCAACUCGCUCAGUGGAUCAGGAUGUUCUCACGCCUAGUGAAGCUGCAAGGGUUUUUGAGAGUCAGUUAGCAGAAUCUUUGCUGGAAGGUGAUGGGCAGCUGGCUUUCAAAAAACUUGCUACGGCGACUCUCGAAACUUUGAUGCCAAGAAUAGAAGGGAAGGGAGAGUUUGGGCAGGCACGUUGGAGACUGGUUUAUGCACCUCAGAUUCCUAGCUUGCUUUCUGUGGAUCCUACUGUCGAUCCUCUUCGAUCCUUGGCUAGUAAUAUAUCUUUUGGAACUGAGGUUGAAAUCCAGCUUGGGAAACGUCUUCUGGCAUCGGUGGUUCGACAAAUGAAGGAUUCUGAAAUGGCUAUGCAGUGGACUUUAAUUUAUCAGCUUACAGAUCGUCUCCGUGUUCUUUUCCAAUCUUCUCCGUCCAAUCGUCUAUUAUUUGAAUACUCUGCAAUAUCCCAGAGAUAGCAAAUGGGUGGUUUCUAACCAUUUGUUUCAAGGACCCGCUGGCAUGAGAUCAAUUCUCUGACAUGGCUGCUGAAAAUUUUGCAUGCUAUAGCUAUAUACGUAGAAUACCUACAACAUUGCAACCAUUUACCAACUUCCUACUUUAUUGGAGCUGCAGGCAAUUCGUCCUCAACAGAUAAGCAAUCUUGCCUUUCGUGCAAUUUGUAAAUUGAUUUAUUUAUUGUUCGCAUUGUGUAAAUUUGUAGAGAAAACAAUUUUGAUUAUCGACUGAAAUGCCCAGAUUGACAUGUUGAUGCUGGACCAUCAUCUGUUCAAUGAAAAGGAAAGUUCUAUGGAAAGUCGAUUCAUGAUUAAUGAGAGAUGUGGUUGUUUUACUUCAAUUGCU